UUCUUUUGUUCCAGAAAGAGGAGCAGAGGCGGCUCUGCAAGAGAGAGGGAUAGAGAGAGAGAGAGAGGGGGUUUCUGCCUUUAAAAACAACCUCAGAACAAACAAGCAACGCGAAACAAGAGCACAAGGAUUUAUUCUCAGGGUGCACGAAGUCUUUUUUAAAAAAAAAAAAAAAUAAUAAAUAAUAAUAUAAUAAUUAAAAUGAUGAUGAUUGAUGACGAGCAGCCGAAGACGCUUUACGUCGGAAAUCUCUCUCGAGAUGUGACAGAAGCUCUUAUCCUUCAGCUGUUCAGUCAGAUUGGACCGUGCAAAAGCUGUAAAAUGAUUGUAGAUACUGCAGGUAACGACCCAUACUGCUUCGUAGAGUUUUAUGAGCACCGACACGCCGCGGCAGCAUUGGCUGCCAUGAACGGAAGGAAAAUAAUGGGUAAUGAAGGACCAUUGAGGAGUUCAGUAAACAAGUUCAUAUUUCCCUCGUUUGAAGUUAAAGUGAAUUGGGCAACAACCCCAAGUAGCCAGAAGAAAGACACAAGCAAUCACUUCCAUGUCUUUGUUGGGGACUUGAGCCCAGAGAUAACCACGGAAGACGUCAAGGCAGCGUUUGCCCCGUUCGGGAGAAUAUCGGAUGCCAGGGUGGUUAAGGAUAUGGCUACAGGGAAGUCAAAAGGCUAUGGUUUCGUCUCUUUCUUCAACAAAUGGGAUGCAGAGAACGCCAUUCAGCAGAUGGGGGGCCAGUGGCUCGGAGGCAGGCAGAUCAGAACGAACUGGGCUACAAGAAAGCCCCCAGCUCCUAAAGCUACUUACGACACUGCGAAUGCCAAACAGUUGUCCUUUGAGGAUGUGGUGAACCAGUCCAGCCCGAGCAACUGCACUGUGUACUGUGGAGGAGUUACAUCAGGACUUACAGAGCAACUGAUGAGACAGACGUUCUCUCCUUUUGGACAGAUCAUGGAGAUUAGAGUUUUCCCAGACAAGGGAUAUUCUUUUGUAAGGUUCAACUCCCACGAGGGGGCUGCCCACGCCAUUGUGUCCGUCAACGGGACGUCGGUAGACGGCCACGUGGUGAAGUGCUACUGGGGGAAGGAGACUCCGGACAUGAGCCCAAUGCAGCAGCAACUGCCACAGCAGCCUCCCCAGCCGCAAGUGCAGCAAAACAAAGUUGGGUUUGCAGCUGCGCAGCCCUACGGCCAGUGGGGGCAGUGGUAUGGGAAUGCCCAGCAGAUUGGCCAGUAUGUGCCCAACGGCUGGCAAGUGCCUGCGUAUGGAAUGUAUGGGCAAGCAUGGAACCAACAGGGUUUUAAUCGAUCUCAGUCCCCUGCUGCAUGGAUGGGUGCAAACUUCACUGUUUAUCCUGCUCAGACCCCACAAGGCCAUCUCGUAGCUAAGAGAGCCGGAUUUCAAACCCAGUGAAAACGCACGCACACACAAUUACAAAACAAUAAUAAAAAGGACUUUGCCUUCUGAAAAUGUAUAAGCAGGGAUGAAAGUGUUCAGGAUUAUAUAUAUAAUCCCGAUAUAAUGGGUUUUUAUAAACCCAUGGUAUCAGGAUUUAUUUAUAUAUAAUGUUUUUUUAUAUAUACCAUUUUUGUACAACUUUGGUCUUCAUGAACAGUUUGGUUUCUUCACGAUGAAAGAGUUGUCUGAAAUUAGCUGUUCUCAAACCCUCACUUGGACCUCCUUAACCCUUUCAGUCCUGGGGGACCCUCAAGGUCCCUGCUUGUCUUUAGCGUUAUGUUCACAGAUGCCGUACUGACGGGACAUUUUGAAGUCCCGUUUACCAAAAUGUAUGUAAAAAUAAAUUAAUAAACACAUAAAUAGUUGACCUGUUCUCAUUUUUUUUGUAUAAAAAUUAUAAUUGUAUAACUUUAAUUUCGCAUUCUUUUAGCUCGACAAAAUGUAAUUCAGGACUGAAAGGGUUUGAUUGAAACAGUCCAAGUGUCUUGCGGCUGCAGGGUGUGGACAUUGUUUUUGACAUUUUGAUAUCUAACAAGCAAAAAGUUUCACUGUAGUACAGUGGCUUGGGUACCUUGUAUUUAUUGAAAAGAAAACCAGAUGCAAAUUUUUAAAUCAUGUUGGUGUUCAGACAGCUACUGGGGGGGCGGGGGUGAACGGUGUGGUUUUUUUUGUUUUGUUUUGUUUUUUCUAGUUCUAUUUCUAUAUUGUUUAAUAACAACGAAAAAGCAGUUGCAGGGAUUACUGUCCAAUUAUUAUUUUUUUACACAAAGGCAGACAAGUAUUGCACAGUACUGUUACUAGACUUUCACAUGUAAUUUAGUAGUUGUUUUUUUUUAAUCCUUGUGUGUGUUGUUUUUGUUUUAUUUUUAAAAUGUUUCAAUAUUUAACAGCUCUCUAACAAUACGACCAAACUAACCUUUAAUGUGCUCAGAAACUGUGUAGAGACUGAAACGAUAUCCCUUGACAGGAUGUCACUAUUUGUAUUAAUGAAAACAGCUGUGGCCAAAGGUUUUGCAUCACCCUAUAGAAGGAACUCCUUUUGCUUCAUGAAGUCGAAUGAAAUCUUCUGAAUGUUAACAUAUUGAAUUACACGUCGCUUUUGUAUUUUUAACCCCGUAUACUUAAUGGAAAAACUCGGAAAAGCUACUACCUGUGGCUUCCAAUAGACAAUAUCAUUUUGUAGUUUUAUUUGAUAAUGUGAUAAAUAAAAAAAAUCUAAAUUCAGUAUGUUUUUAUAUAUUCAAUCUUAAGUACAGGUAAUACAAAACUUUUUUGGCCAGAACUGUACAGUUGUAUGUUGUUUUUUUUUAGAUUUUUAUUAAAAUGAUCCUGUUUAGCUGAAAUGUUUUCUUCUAGUUUAUAAAAUGCCUUAAUUUCAAAUCUUUUCAAUGCUGACCGUCAUGAAGAAUAGGUAGGGGCUGCCUCAACGGAAACCCUACAGAGGAUGUGCCUGCGUUGGGAAUCUCUCCCUUUUUCUUCAUUUUGUUCUGAUGUGCCAAUCCUAUUGAGCGGCCUUGCAUGGAAGUCAAGCUCGGAUGUCUGUCGCAUUACUGCAAGUCAAUGUGUUUUAUAAAUGCCAAGGUGUCAGACAAAUGUUAUGAAUUUUGGCAGAUGCUUUAAUUUUUUUUUUUUUUUUUUUUUUUUUUUUUACAAUAAUCAAAACCUGGGUGUUUUGAAAUUUGAAGUUAACAAACCCAGAAUCCAUGUUUUGACAAAUAUCUCCCCUUUGCCAUCACUGUGUGUGUAACUGUAUCAUGUUAUGUUUCCUAUCCAUGUCUCUAUUUUAUAAUGCAUGUGUGUUUUGGCAGGGCAACUUUUUUCGAAUGCAAAACAGUUUUCUAAGCAUUCUUCGCUGGAGGGGGUGUUCGCCUUGCUUCGGUUCUUGUUUGUUUAGGUGGAUUUUGCGAUUUUGUAGUAAAUGUAAUAAUUUUGGA